AUGCUUCGUUUGGUCACUUGUUAUACCCACUUCCAGCACAUUGUCAACUCGAUCAAGUAUAAUUUGAACGUCUCCUGCGAAACAUUCACCACUGACGAUGAAGAACUCCCCGCGACUAAGCAGCUUCUUGGACUAGUCACUCGUGAUCACAAUGUCGACUCGGUUGUCAAGCUACUGAAGGAAGCUACACUUUCAGCUACAACACUAGCUAAUUCCACAGUUUCCACUCAGUCUACUUCUCCAGCAGUUACAUCGCCAAAAGUAGAUGCCGUUGUCACAUCUGUUCAAGUUGCUCCUAGUCCGUCCAAUUCGCCAUCACCUUCGGCCAUGGAAACAGCUCACUCAGGACAGCCAUCAACAUAG